AUGAGCGAAACAAAGCGAAAUCUGAUGCUGAAGAACCAGGCGCCCUUGAACUCGCGAGAACAGCAUCAUUCGACGUCGCUGCCGUUGUUCCGUGGAGCCGGCAUGAUCUCGCAGCUCGAGACUCAGAAACACCCGACCUCGUUCGUUCCAUGCUCUUCCGACUUUGACAAUAACAUCAUUCCGGCGGCCCCCGUCAGUGUGAUGCCUCAGAAUUCGUCUAGUUCUGAGGCUUCAUCCAGCUCCUAA